AUGGCUGCCGCUAUUAAGUGAGUACAACAACUGUCGACCGAUUAUUAUUGGCAUAGCCGUCGUCAACGUCAAUACCGCUUCCUUUGGUCGCGUGACGACGGUCGACGAGACGCUUACGGAGUGGUGACACGUUGCGGUUUCCGAACGAGUCCUUUCUGUACGUUGUCAUUGCACCGACUGUGCCGUAGGUUAUCUGUACUGUAUUCGUGGCCGCUGCGCUAUAAUUUCGCUUGUCCCGUCGUCUUCUGUGUACUCGCUCGAGCAUACUAUAAUUACUGCAGUUGACGCAUUUAUUUGGCGCGCGCACUAGUGUGUGUGUGUGUGUAUGUGCGUGUGCGUGUGUGUGAAGUGGUUUAUUAUGAUGAUUGAGAACGGUAGUCGUCGUAAUAUAUUAUAAUUACAAAUCGCAAUUAUUACAGUUAUUUGGACGAUAAUCGUCAUGUGAUAAUAUAACACAUUUAACGCCCCGAAUAAUAUUGAGAUAUCAACGACGACCCGUGCUUAACAUUUUUUUCCUAUCCUCUUGUGUCCAAACUAUUAUCGAAAAUUAACAAUUGUCGCCAUUGACUCUUUCCCUUCACUACACUGCUCGCUCCAUUAUUAUCGACUUAACCUACAUAAUUUAGAAUUCAUGUACCUAUUAAUUAUUGUUAGUGUAGGUCCUAAAACCUGUUUUAGUAUGUUUUCCAAUUUCAUUCUCUCCGCAAACUUAGGUACCUACCUAUUUAACUAAAUAGCCUAUAGGUAUAACCUAUUGGUAACUAAUUUCUACCGCCAUAUUGUAUUGGAAACAGUAUUUACCUACUUAGGUGUUCAACAAUGUUACUAAAUAAGAUUUUUAUUAUAUUAAUUUUGUUCCUUGUAUAAUUACCGACUGUUCUGAAUUUUUCUGAUGCUAUUUUAAUUUUGAACUAUUUAUAAUAAUAAUAUCUAGGUACUUAAAAAUGUAAAUUUCAAUAUUAUUUAUCUUGUCGUUUUAUAUUUAAAGCAUCUAUAGUAAAAUAUAAAUAUAAUCUAUAUUUGUAUCAGUAACCUAUAGUUAAAAUUAUACGUUUGAUAUUUUAUAAACUCUAGAUUUUUAGAACAAUUUAUAAACUGUUUCAAAUAUUAUGUAUUUUUAAAUUUUUAAAUUUAGGCCAAGUUUUGUUAUUACAAAAUUCUAUUUUAUUAUAUACAUUAAUAAAGCUGUGCCAUAAAAAUAUAUUCAUACCCUAUAUUUGUGUUAUUUUCAUUUAAAAUGUUAUUCAAUCCAAUUUAAUAUCAUCUUGGGUAAUACAGUAAAUUAAGAACACAAGAUGUUAUAAUCAAUUUUAAAAGUAAAUCAUUUACAAAUUAUAAUUGCAAUUUAAUUAUAUUUACAUGUAAAAUAAAAGACCAAUACAUUACUUGCUCCGCUCAGAAUCUAUAAAUAAAUUUGGAAAAUUUAUACCUGUAUAAGUAAUAAAUUGAUUAAUAGGUACGAAUAUUUAAAACUUAUUUGGUGUAAUUUGUAUAACAUUGAGAGGAAAGAUUGAAAACAAUUUUAAGUGGUUCUAAAUAUAUUUCUUAUAUUGGAAAAUUCAAUAAAUUAUUAGGUAAUUUAAGAAAUGAUUUAAUACAUAAUGUAAAAAAAAUGAUUUCCUAAAAACUAUUAAAACAGUUAUAAACAAAACUAAAAAAAUUGUAUUUUUUAAAAUUUCCUAUAUAAAAUAACUUAAAAAUAAAAGUCCAAGGAUACACCGAUUUGUUUUACCCGUCCAACUUUUAUAGUUACAUUAUCAUGCAUCAGAACUUAUAGAAUUUUUCAUUUUUAAUUCUACAGUAAAUUGACCUAUUAUAAAAUUCAAAGACACAAACAUUAUCUUUGUUCUCUCGUUUAUUUUUUUUAUUGUUUUUAUUUUGGAAAGAGAUAAGAGUAUUUCAAUUAUGUAAUACUUGCGUUAAAAUAAAAAUAUUUUUAAAUAAAACCAACUAGAAAACUGAGAUAAAUUUCUUAUCUUUAAAUUAUAUAGCACGUAGUAGACAUUAUCACAUUUGGUAAAGCUGACUAAAGCUCACAUGUAAAGAUAAAAUCCAUGAACUAUACAUUUAUGAAAUACAUAACACUGGUAAAAUUGUUGUAUAUUAUAUAGCCUAAAUACUAAAAUGUAAUGUAAGGACUGAGCUCCGAUGAGAUGUUUUAAAGUAUUGGAAAUAUUAAAAAAACGUUUAAAAAAAAAAAUGUCAGUGGUUAACAUUAAAAAAAUUUUAAUUUUAUAUAAACUUAUUUUGAAAUAAAAAACUUAAUAAUUAUGGAAAAAUAUUGUAGUAUUUAUUGUUUUACCAAAUAGAAAUGUUUUUUUUUUUUUUUAUAGCUUCUAGCAAAUAACUAUUAUAUCUCAACAUUUACAGUACUUAAAAUAACAGAAAGAUAAAACAAUGUAAAAAUAGACAUGUACAAGUCAUUAACAUGCAAUUAAAUAUGCUUAUGUAUUAAAUAUUUUAAGUUUUAAUACAAAAUAAGCAUAAUGAAUAACAUGUAUUGUAAUCAAUAAAUAAAAACAUAAUGGUGAUUAAAUUAGUGAAGUAGAGUUAAUUGGGCUAUGGAAUUUGUUGUUUAUGCAGUGCGGUUGUAAGGAGGGAAAUGAGGGGGAUCUAUUAAUGCGGAAAGUUCUGAAAUAAAUUUGGAAAAAGGACUAUCGUUAAUAGCAUUAUUUGAUAAUUGCUUAUUAUUAGAAUCUGUGGUGGAGGCGUAAGAAGCCUUGGAAGGAGGGUGAGAAGAUGAUUUUUAGAAUGGAAGACGUGAGUACUGUGUUCGGAUUUUGACGAAUUGAAUGGUUUGUUGAGCGACGUUUGAGAAGUGCUUAUAUUUUGGACAUCUUUUAUAUCUGGAAGUAAAUCACCAGCGCAAAGGGCGUCUUUGGCGACACUGUUUUUGUCCUUGCUGAAAAUGUCUGAGGAAUGAUCUCCCCCACAUUUAAUAAUAGGAAGUUUUGUUUUAUAUGUUUUGUUACAUAGGAUAAAGAUACUGUGAAUGAUUUUAUGAACAAAUAAUAAAAUUACUUAAUUACUUGAAAUAUCUCACAUGUGCAAAUGUCAUAUAUAACACUAUAUCUACAUUUUAUAUAAAAACUUCCAAUGUAAUUUUGACUGAAUUUUUAAUCAUAUAGAAAGUAUUUCAUAAACAAUUUAUAGUAGGUAAUACACGCAAAAUUUAAUUUUUUAUUUCUCAUUAGUUCUAUGUAGUAUCAUAUUCUAACAUAUUUUUUUUCUCAAUUCAGGGAUACUAAAAUAUCAUAAUAGUUAAUUUGAAACAUGAUAAUUUUUUUUCAUAUCAACAACAAUGUACUAAAUGGUUUUUAGAAUAUUAUUUUAAAGAAAGCAGAGGUUUAAUUCAUUUUUUUGUUUUUUCAGUGCCAAUAUGGCCUCCCUAUACAAAGAUGGAGUCACCAUCAAGCAAAUAUCAACACAAAUCAACAAUAGCGGAAUUUUCAUUGCAAAUAAUAAUAUUGCAAAUACAUUACAAAAUGUCAGCAGUGUCGCAGAUAAUACAACCGAGUGGCUCGUUGCAUUUAAGCAACGAGCCAAUGAUUGGUCUGUUGACUGAAAUAUGUAAUUUAAAUGACACAGAAUGGGAUAAAAUAACAAGGAGUGAUAUGGCUGGAAAUUUACUGGAAUGCCUAGACGGAGUGUGCGAUAUAAAUGAUGGUAGGUAAUAUGGUUUUAUUACAUAAGAAUUAAUUUAAUUAUAUGUAGAAAUGUCAAAAACUGAUUGACUGUUUGCAUGAUAUGGCAACCAUGCCUACGAAGCACAUACUUAAGAUCAAAAUCACUCCUUAAGUGUGUUUCGAAUGUAAAAAUACUUGAAUUGUUGUUUAAUAUUAAAAAUCUUUAUUAUUUUCUUAGUCUAAAUACAAAAUCGUAGAUCAUUUCUGACAAUUAGUUUUCAAAAUACAAAUGUCUUAAGUUUACCUGUUUUAAGGUGUUUAAAUUAAAAAUCCAUUAACUGCCUAAUAAUUAUUGUGUUUAAUUCUGAAGCACAUCAUUAUCAAUUACAUAUAGAUUAGUUAUUAUUAAUCCUUAGAAAGGUAUACAAUGUGUCUCAAAAAUUAUAGAUAACGGGCGUGAUUUUAUGGGUUCUGAUCAAAAAUAUUCAUCGGGCUUCACUCUACAGCAGCUUUGAAGUAUCCUAAGCUCUAAUCUAUCACCUAUUCUAUAUAGCUGGCCAAACGCUGAUGCAAUUAUUGUGGAGUGUUUAGUCAGUUUUUUAUAGUCAAAGAAACAACAUUUAGUUUGUUUAACUUAAGUUUACUUAUGAAUAUACCAACGGCAGCAUCUCAUUAGUAAUUUUAUAAUAUUCACCAGCACAUGUUUAUAAUGUAUGAUACACUGUGUCCUAAUGUCACCAUAUCUGAGAUGGUUUCAGGUAAAUUAAUAAUCAUUCUAUUUUGUGAUAUUACAAUUUUUUUCAUUUUAUGCUAGGAAUCCACAAUAAAGUGAAUUAAUAUUUACUUUAAUUAUAUACCCCAGUUGUACAACCAAAUAAAUUUAUAUAAUUUGUAUUAUAUUUUAUAAACACCUACUAAAUGGAUAUUAAAAUAUAUUUAACAUUAAUCGUGAUUUAAUAUUAUAACUAGUAUUAAUACACUAAUUAAAAAUUACAUGAAAUGAUUAAUAAUUUAACAAAAAGUAUCAAAGUUAAUAAUUUUGUUGAUAAUUUUCUUUAUUUUUAAUUAUGAUAUUACAGUAAUUGAAUAUAUAAGUUUUAAUAUGGUAUAAUUUAGUUAAAUAUUUUGUAUUUCAUGAAGAGUAAUAUAAAAUAAUAGCACACAGUAAUUAUCAAAAAUUAAUGACUUGUCUUUAAAUUAAAUAUACUCAGGUGAUCUAAAUAUAUUUGUAUAAUAACACCGGAAUUAUAUUUUCUAAGGUGUAUUUUUACAUAUUUAACUGAUUUUUUUAAUCUAUUUUUAAUUAAUUUUAAAUUAAAUAAACCAUUUAUAAGUAUUUUUAGUGUUGUAGUAUAAUUUUUGAAGUUUAUAUAUUUUAAUAAGUAUGUAAUAUUGUAUAUUAUUUUAUAAUCUGUGUUAUCAAGUUAUUUUUAAUUGUGUGAAUAAUGUAUUAAUUCUUCUAUUUUUCUCUAUUUUAUAACAAAAAUUUAAUAAUUAUCCCAUACAUUAUGGUGUUUGGCAAAGCAAAGCGAGCAAGGGCAGAGUUCCCUAAUAAUUUUAAUAUAAUAAUUUAGUAUAUGUUUUUUAUAGUAUACAAACAUUACUUAAUAUAUUAAUUUAAAAUUAUCAAAUACAAAAUAAGAAUGACUUAAUCUUAAUUACUUUUAUUAUAACUUAGUGAACGCUGAAAGAAAAAUAUGUUUAUUGAGUUAAAUUCAUAUUUUUACGAACAUGUAAGACAAUAGUAUCUCACCAUUUAUUGCUUAUCUUUUUUUUUUUUUUUUUAUCGUUAGUAUACUGAUAAAAUUAAAGUAUACAAUAUAAUUUUAAUUUAUUAUUUCAUUAAAUAAAUGUUUACAGUAAUGUAUUUAUGAAAAAGUAUUAUUUAAUAGUUUCAGUUAAUCUGUAAUCUUUGAUUGAGUCUAAAAUAUAUUUUAUGUAAUUGAAAAAAGAUUGUGUAGUAACAUAUUAUACAGGAUGGAUCACUUAAAUAUUAAAAUAGUAUAAACGGCAGUUAAUAAUUGAAAUCCCCAAAAGGAAUAUUAUUAAUAUUUAACAUCACGCAUUUUACAAAAUUUAAUUCUCUUAGUUUUCAUCAUGUAUAAUUGGUGUAGUGACAUUUUAUUUUUUUUAUGUCUUUCUUAAUAAUUAGUAAAAACUGGAAUUUUAUGAUAUUAGUGAUUUCAAUAUUUUUAAUUUUGUUUUUUGUUGUAAAUCGGUUAAAAAAAAUUGUAGAGGUACAAUUAUCACAGAUUACUAAUAUUAUAUUAGCCUUUUCUGGUAUACAAAUUAUAGCAUUCAAAACAUGUUGAAACAAACAUCACUCAGAAUUUUGUUUUGUUAUCAAUUAGAUAUUGUUUGAUACAGAUAUAAUUUAAAUAACUUCCAUUCCCAGCUUUUUAAAUACUAAAAAUUACAAAUUUUUAAAAAUAUUUUUUACAAUAUCCAAGAUAGCCAUUUAAUAAAUAUAGUAUUUUGAAAAAAAAUGUUUUUGUUACAAAUAUUUACUAAUAAGUUUUUAAAUUUCUAUAAUUCAUUGAAGUUUACAAAAAUUAUCAUAAAUUUUAACAUUUUUUAGAAAGUUAAGGAUACGUUGUUAAUAAAUAUUUGAAUUUUGAAAAUUUUGUUUAAAAAUAUAUUUAUGAAAUGGCUACAUUUAAUAACUGUAUAAAAAAUUAAAAAUGUAUUAAUAAAAAAAAAACUUUUGUCGAACCGUUUUGAUUUCAUUAUAAAAAUAUAAUAUAUACCAAGUGAUCCGUUUAAGUGGGUACAAUAUACUCAUUAUCUUGGAAGGUAUUAAGUUUUUCCGGAAUCUGUUUUCUAGAACAUUUAAGAAGUAAGUCGCUCUAAAAUUUUAUUUCUACGUUAUUUUUCUACCUUUAUUUUUGAGGGAUAAAACUACCCUCCAAACUAGUAGGUAAAACUACCUACUUUUGAUUUUAAAAUAGCAACCUAUAUUAAAAAGUCCAUAAAUAGAUGGAGUACCUAUUAAUUAAAAUAAUUUUUAAUGUUGAUUGAGUCGUUGUCAAGAUAUUCCACUUUUAAGUUUGGAUUGGAGGAGAGUAGUGGCGACGGUUUGUGUGACGGUACGGUGCACGGCGUGUUAAUAAUGCACCACUACUCUCCUCCAACCCAAACUUAAAAAUUAAAUAUCUCCUCAACAGCUUGAAAAAAAAUAAAAAAUUUCAACACUAAAAAUUAUUUUAACUAAUACUCUAAUCCCUUUAUGGACUUUUUAAAUAUAGGUUGUCAUUUGAAAAUAAAAAAGUAGGUAGUGGUUUUACCCACAAAAAUAAAGGUGAUAAAAAAUAACAUAAGUAUAAAAUUGUAGAGCUGCUUUUUUUUUUAAAUGUUCUAGAAAACAAAUUCCGAAUAAAGUUAAUACUCUCCGAGAUAAUGUGUAUACCCACUUAAUUGGAACACCCAGAAGAUAAUCCGGAAGAAGAUAAUUUAUAAUUAGAUAAUCUAAUACUUUAUCUAUAUAUAUGAAUACAGUAUUUAGACCCAAUACCUAAGGAACCCUGAGCCGGCACUUUUGGUAUACCGUAGUUCAGUAAAUACCGACAGACCGAUAAGUACCGUCAUUAAGAUAAAUACCGAUAAACCGAUAACUUGCCGUAGUUUCACUCACCUAAUAUAUUAUGUAAGUACCUAUUGUUAAAGUAUCCGUGGUAGUAAAACAAAAAGGAAAAAUCCCCCAAUAUUCCGUCUGUUCUAUAAUUAUUAAUUUUUUUUUUUUUUUGGAUUUCGAUAAUACUUGUUUUUGUUAUGGUUUUGAUAAAAUAUAACAACAGGUCUACAACUAUUAUAUUCAAUCGUAACCAAUAGCGACCUUACAAUAAACAAAAAUAAAGUUUAUUUUCUUGCUGGAUGGACAGUGACGUUUUAACAUCCGUAUUCCGUACUUUUCCGGUGGAUUUUCCUAAAAUUGUAUUACAUAAGAACCUUCUUCUGACAAUUACGAAGACAACAAAAAAAAAUUAAUUAGCGAAAUCGGUGCAGUUUUUCACGCGUGAUGCGAUGACCAAGGGAAACAGGGAUCCAUUUAUAUUAUAUAUAUAGAGAGAGAUUACCGAAAAAAAAAACCGGCAUGUAAACACAUCGGUUUUAUUGAAUAUUGGUGAGUAAAUUCUACGUACCGCCAGCUCUACCCCAUGGUACUCACUGCCCAUAUCUAAUUUCAAAGGUUCAACACUAUUUUUGAAAUUUGAAAGUCGUGUUUUGUCGAACACGUAUCGUCACGUAUUAGAUAAUCAAAAAACAGAAUCUUGCCGCGUUCCGUCUUGGUUUCAAUUGAUCUAAUCGUUGUAAAUAAAUUGUCGCGGCCACUGUGAAAUGUAUUGCAGAUUUCCGAUCAAAUGGCCCGGUGUGUAUUAUUUUCAUAGAGUAAUUUGAAUGAUGAUCAUUUCCUACGAAAAAACGAUUCUAAGCAAAGUUCUGUUAAAUCUUUGUAACACCAUUCCGAAUCUAAUAUUACCGAUUAAUUAAUCCAACAAAACAUUUAAAUAGUAAACAAUAACAAUAAAAUAUUAUAAUUGUUUUUAAGAGUAAAUGGUCUUAAAUAUUUGGUAAUUUUAUAUUAUUAGCAAAUUAUAAUUGAACUCCUUUAUAACUAUAAAAAAUAUUAAUACUUACAUCAGAUAGGUAGUUGUUGACUAAUACAAUAUUGUACUUUUUCAAAAAAAGGUUCAUUUUUUUUUUUUUUUGUAGACAUUUAACAACAUGUGAUUGUUUCCGUUAUUAUAUCGAGAAACUCGUUUUAUUAUUAUCUUCCUAUUAUAAUACUUACGGCACGAUAAAAAAAAAAAAAAAAAAACCCCCCGCUCUUAUAAAAAUAUCAUACCUACUAGGUUUUUGGUCCAUUGUGAAAUCACUCGUCUGAGAAAUUAAUCUACAGUCCGAAUGGAAUAUUUCGUCUUUGAUAAUAUUAUUGUAAUUAAUACGAGUGGUUAACAAGGCGAUGGGACCGAAUGGCAUGUUGGUGGUUUAACAUUAGUAUAGUGAAACAUGUAUACAAAAGCACGUAAAUUAAACUGUGUGGAUCGAUAUAAGACCGUAUUAUAAAAAUAUAAAAUCCGAUACCUACUACACAACAAACCGGGCCAAUAAUAUUGUUAGUGUUUUGGGUGUAUAACUACAACACUAUUAGUACAACGCGCCAUAUUUCUUAAUAACAUUAGUAAACAAUAACUCGUAAGUUCCCUUGUUUGCAAACUACGUCCUAUUACUGCCGUAACGUUUCUAAAUAUUCGGUUGUUAAUAUUUAGGAAGGGUCGACGGUCGUCCGCCGUGCGAUCAACGGCGGAAUUACAAGCGGUUCACCUUGCCCCUUGUGCAUACGCGUUUGAAAACAAAUAUUAUUAUAACGUAUAAUACGUUUAAUUCUAAAUAAUAACUCUAUUACAUGUGUUAUCGAUGCACAAAAUGUAUAUUAUAUAUAUAUUAAAAAAAAAAAAAAAAACUAACGACUGACAAGACGCGCGCGCACGUAAACACGUUGUUAGGAUCGAUCUAGGAACGAAAUAAAUUGGAAAUACGGUGAAGGAGGGAGAUUCGUGUUUUGUUGGGAGUCUUUGUGCGCAAGAUACGGGGAAACAGAGCGUGUUCCCGACAGUGUUCAGCCAACUUCUCUCGUGUAUAGCACAACCAGUUAUCCGUCGGAAAGUUCGUACACGUUUGGAUAAUAGAUGUAUUUUCGUUCACAUGGUAGGUCGCGACAUAUCACAUAGUUGUGUGAUUAUGAAGUUCAACUAUCAUUACACCUGGAGCAGGCAAAUUAUAUUCAACUCGCAAAAGUUGGUGAAAAGAAGGUGAACGGUAAAGAGCAAAAAUUUUUGCACGCCCUACAGGCGAAACCAAAUAUCGAAAAUCUUCCAUUUACUGUUUUUUUUUUUCUCUCUCUGUUAUUACCCAAAUUCGUAUUUAUAUUAUAUAAUUAUUAUUGUUAUAUUGUUCAAUUUUUAUUUCGGUUGUUUUAUGUUUUGUUAGUUCUAAAUAAUAUAAAAAAAAAAAAAAAAAAAUUUUCGUUAUAACGCUGUAUAUGAGUAAUAUAUCGUUGUAGAGUAGUAGACGUAGAUAACCUAGUAUAAUAUAAUUACGCCGACGGGUAUUUUCAUAUAUUAUUAAUUUCGUCAUAGAUAUUUGGUUUCGUGUCAUAACACGCCAAGGCUGAUGAUAACACAGCACAUGGCUACCGGAAUGAUUUCAUCUCAAUGGUGCACCACUGGUACGUUGAUGCGUCGUAUUUGUUUUUAAUUUUUGUCUUAUAAGAAAAAGAAAAUCUACCGGCAAAUCGAUUUUGUCAUGAUAAUUGAAUAAACCAUUUAAUUUCUCACGUUUCUCGUACAUAAUUCGUACGUUGUAUAUUAAUAAUGUAUUGUAUUUUUACUUUUAAUAGCCAUGAAUGAGUACUCUCUUAAGCACGUUCCUAAAGUAUAUUGCCUACCUUAAUGCGCAUGUAUUAUAACCAGUUCAAAUUAUAAUUCGAAUAUGUUAUUAUUGGCUGAAUUUCCGUCUUUUAUUUUUUUUAAUUUCGUGACAUUUACCAUAUUUUUGUUUUGGAUUUUUCUCGUAAUUAUUGGAAAUGAUGAUUCAACCAGUGGCGGAUUUUUAAUAUUUUUCUGGUAGGAAUCUUGAAAAUAUAUCAUUGUCUGAUGAGGGUGUGUAUCCCCUGACUUCCUUCCCCCCCGGUCGUUGAAUUCAACUACUAUUCCUAUAUAAAAAAAAAUCUACCAUCACAAUACUUGGACAUUUAUUAUUUUUAAUGAAAUUACUUUUUAUUACAAUUUAAUAUAAUUUUUAAUAUUAAUAUUUUAUAUUAUACGGUUAAACCUUUAUUUCUUUUAAUUUCAAUUUAAUUGUGGAUAGUAUAUUAUAAUUAUAAUAAGUAUUACGAUUUACUGUUAAAAUAUAAUUUUAAUUAAACAUUAUACCUAAUAUAAUAUUAUAAUAUUUAUUACAUGACUCAGAUUUGAUGGACACAUUUACGCACAAUUAAAUAUAAUGUGUUGACCCAAUUUAAGAAACAUUAAUGUUAAUCUAGAAAAAUAGUGUCAUUGUAAAAAUGAUGUAGAUAUUCAAAGUAUUGAUAAAUUAAGAGCAAGCGUUAUUCAAAUUAACAUGAAAUGUGUUUCAAUAAAAAAAUGUCUUAAUUUUAUGUUAAGUGAAAAAUGAAAUUAUACAUUAUUAUAUGUGUACUAUAUUUAUUUUAUUUUAUAAACUGUAAAUGGAUAAAACCCUUUAAAAAUAUAGUAAAGCAUUGUAUUGAUACAAUAUUAAAAAAAUACAAUUAAAUCUGAUAAUAAUAUAAUACGUAUGCAGUGAAACCUCUAAAUACUGAACACUCUUGGUCGCUGUAAUUUUGUCCAUUAUUCAGAGGGGAAAAAAAUAAUUAAAUAUAUUUGUAUUAUUUCAAAACAAAUAUUAAUUGAACAUAUUAUUAUUUAAAAUUAUGUUAUUUUUAUGUAAAAUUAAUGAAAAUGUAAAUUUUAAUUUGCAUUUAUUUAAAAAAUCAGUUACUUCUUCAGCUUGUUUAGGACUUUGAUUAUUUUACAUCUACUAUAAAAAUUGUCAAAAUCAAAAAUUAAAUUGCCAUAAAAGUGCCCGUUAUCUGUUUUUAGAGAUUUUCCAAUAUAGUGGUGAAAAUGUCCCCAUUCCCUGAAAAUCAUCCGCUAUUUAGAGGUGUUCGUGAAAGUAUGUUUCACUGUAUAUAUAUAAAUAAUUUAUUAAAAGUUUUAAAAAUUAUUCAUUAAUGUCAAACCAAUUUUUAUGGAUUUGGGGUACAAUAAUUUAUAGUUUAUUUCAUUGUUUUUAUUUUACUGUAAAAAGAAUCACCUUUAAAAAAUGAUAGCACUAAAUGUCCUAUGUGCUUAGAAAAUAAUAUAUAUUAAUAUUCAAUUUUAUAUUUGCUGUUAACAUUUUGAAAAUUGUAAUCUUUUAAUAUUUAUAAUUUAAUGUUAGAAAACUAAUAGUUUUCAAAUUGUGAUCAUUAUUAAUAAUUGUAUGAAUAUUAUACAAUUUGAACACAAAAAGUAAUGACAAUUCAUAAAUAGAUAAUUUACAUACCUAUUUAUAAUGAAUUAUUAUUUUUCUAUUACCAUUUACAGGCUAUUAAGCCCAAGGUCCAAUAUUGAUAAAAAUUGUAUGUAAACAUUGAUUAACCAAUAUUAUUUAACAUUAAAAAUUUGGUAGUAUUAUAUUUUAAAUAAAUACAAUAUUCUAAUUAAGAAAAUGUAUCUUUGACUUUGGAAUUACUCUUAAUAUCUAGAUAAAUUAAAAUGUUUCUAUUUAUCAUAUAAAAAUAUAAAAAAUGAUUAAUAUUUUGGUUUAUUAUUUUGCGAAUUUCCAUGAAAAAUAAAUUAGACUGUCCAGGGCUAUGAAUAAGGAAAAUCAUGAUUAUUUAAUAAUAUGAUAAUAAGUGUAUUCUUCUUUAUUAUUUUUAAAAUAAUAUGUUUUUUUUAUUGUGUGCAAAUAUGUAUAUAAUGCAUAUUAUAUUAACAUUAUGCUACUCUAAGGAUUUGUUGUAAUUAAAAUAAUUACAGUUUAUCAUAUAAUGUUGGCCCUUUUCAGUUAAUUUUAGAUUAACACCCAAAGACAAUUUUAUUUUAUUUUAAUAAUGACAACUAUUAUAGUCUAGUUUCCUUGAUAAGAAGUUGACUUAAUAUCCAACGAGUCCAGUGAUAUUUGGGUCACUUGUGUAUUUCAUAUAAGGUCAAUACUUAUCACGGGAUAAUUAAGUAUAUUAUGGCGAUGGUUGAUCGAUCAAAAUUGUAUAUAGUUUUUUGUUUUACCCAGAAUUAUAAUGCAAUAUAAUUAAUAUUAAUCAUAGCUUUAUGAAAAGAAAUUCCUUUUUUUUUUAAUACAAAAUAUUAUCAUUAUUAGCAUUUAUAUGUAUCCAUUUAAUAUUGAAGCUUCAAUAAUUGUAUCAGUUUAAUAAAAUAUUUUCUAUAAAACUUAAAAUCAAUUAUGAUUUAUUUAAAAUUAAGUUUGUGCAAUUAAAUUUGUAAUUUAUUAUGUCUGAAUAUUAAGGAAAUAAAAGUUAAAACAUUUGUUAACAAUAAUGUAAUACUCCUAUUGUUGUAACUAAUUAAACAAUAUAUUGAAUUUUUUCAGAAACAGAAACUAUCACAGACUGGUUAAAUGGAGAAAAAUUUAUUGAUCUACCAAUAUUUGAUGACUUUAUGACAAACACUUCACCAAACCACGUUGAAAUGAAACCAAUUGAAUAUCAGAAAUUAGUUCCAUCCAACAAAGCAAUUCAAUACCCACAAUACCCAACCCAACAAUAUGUACCAAUGUAUUGCCAACAAACGUCUAUUCAACCAAAAUUCAACUAUGUUGCAUCAGCAUCAUUAACACCACCAGAAAGUCCAAAAGAUACUGAUGUCUUAAUGUCUAUGCUGGAUGAUAUGCAACCUGAAGAAUUAAGCCAAUUGGUAGUUGAUGAAGACACAUUAUCAGACUUUAUGUCAUCAGAUGCUAGUAGCCAUACGGAUUCUUACAGUGACAUAACCACUAACCGGCCAAAACCAUACUCACCAAAGGCACCCAAUGAAGAAAAGCGAUUGCGUAAAAAAGAACAAAACAAAAAUGCAGCAACAAGGUAUAGAAUGAAGAAAAAGGCCGAAAUUAAAGAAUCUGUAAUGGAAGAAAAAGUACUUUUACAGAAGAAUGGCACACUUAAGGAUGAAGCCAAAGAAUUAGCUAGAGAAAUUAAGUAUUUAAAAUCAUUGUUGCGGGACGUUUACAAAGCCAAAGGACUAUUGAAUUGA